GAGGUGACGUCACACUGACGUUUCCUUGUCAGAUUUGGGCACUGAGGUUUAUCAGAGUGUGAGAGCAGAUCACAGGAUCAAAGCUCCCAGCAGGACGUAGACUCUGUCCCUCAUCGGCUGGAGGUCAAAAGGUUGUCAAACGUACCUGGACGUGAUCUGAACAGGUGUCAUGAAUCAGUGCAAGGACGGACUGGACGAGGUCCGUCCCUGCAAGCCAGUUCUGGAACAUGACAACCAGGGCGAACCAAAGAGCUCGGAGCAGCAGAGAUCAGAUCCUUCUGGACCUGAACCUGGACCUGCUGUUUGUAAUGGACAGCUUUCUGCUGAAACACAGAUCCGUCCGGAGACCAGAGAGCUCCGUGCACCCAGCUUUCUGUUCACGCAAAAUGAACACUUCAGAAGUAUUUACAGCAAGCUGAAACACAAGCACUUCUCUAAGUUUCAGCAGCAGAGACCAAACUCUCCUCAAACAAGGCGUGUGACCAGGGGAACCGAUUGGUCUGUGGAUGAACCCAUUUACUUCAAGCUUGCACAGUACUCUGCAGGUCAAAGGGUUCAGCAGGUGAAGUCAGAGGUUUCUGGUGUCCAAUUUGCCCAAAGUUAUCAACAAGAGCUGCACCCUAUAUUCAUGCUGCUUGAGGAGAAAUUUGUCAGAUUUGUGAAGAGUGAACUGAAGAGAUUCCAGAGGAUUCUGAAUUCAAGUUACCCAGAAUCCUCAGACGGACGAAGUGGAGAUGAUGAGGCAGUGGAUAGAGAUGAGGAAGAGCAGAGGAGAAGGAGUAGAGAUGCAUUUCUGAAGAUCACACAGGAGUUUCUGAGGGGAAUGAAGCAGGAUGAGCUGGCUGACUGUCUGCAGAGCAGAACAACUCCAGAUGCUUACAUGUGCCAAGGUAAACUGAAGUCUAACUUGAAGAAAAAGAUUCAGUCUUUGUUUGAGGGCACUGACAAUGCAGGAAAUCCAAGUCUUCUGAAUCAGAUCUGCACCGAACUCUACAUCGCAGAUGGAGAAACUGAGGAGACCAACAUGGAACAUGAGCUCAGGGAACUUGAAACAACAUCUAAGACACUGGACACACCAGAAUCAACAAUCAGACAUCAAGACAUCUUUAAACUAUCACCUGACAGAGAUCAACCAGUCAGAACGAUGAUUACAAAAGGAAUAGCUGGUAUUGGGAAAACAGUCCUGACCCAGAGGUUCUUGCUGGACUGGGCUGACAAUAAAGCCAACCAGGACACUCAGUUCAUAUUUCCGUUCACCUUCAAAGAACUGAAUCUGCUGAAAGACAAAAAGUACAGCUUGGUUGAACUUGUUCAUCAGUUCUUUACUGAAACCAAAGACGCAGGACUCUCUCAGUUUGAAGAGUUCCAGGUUGUGUUCAUCUUCGAUGGUUUGGAUGAGUGUCGCCUGCCUCUGGACUUCAGUAACAAUGAGAUCCUGACUGAUGUUACGGAGUCGACCUCAGUGGAUGUGCUGCUGACAAACCUCAUCAAGAGAAAUUUACUUCCUUCUGCUUUCCUCUGGAUAACCACACGACCUGCAGCAGCCAGUCAGAUCCCCGCUGAGUAUGUUGACUUGGUGACGGAGGUCAGAGGGUUUAAUGAUCUACAGAAGGAGGAAUACUUCCAGAAGAGAUUCAGCAGUGUGGAGAAGGCCAAUAGAACCAUCUCUCAUGUCAAGGCAUCACGAAGCCUCCACCUAAUGUGUCGCAUCCCAGUCUUCUGCUGGAUCACCGCUACUGUUCUGGAGGACAUGUUGCAAAUCAAAGAUGGACAAGAGCUGCCGAAGAACCUGACUGAGAUGUACAUCCAGUUGCUACUGUGUCAUACCAAACUGAAGAACAUCAAGUAUAAUGGAGCUCAUGAGGCAGAUCCACACUGGAUUAAAAAAAGUCGAAAGAUGAUUGUGUGUCUGGCAAAGCUGGCUUUUGAGCAGCUACAAAAAGGCAACUUGAUCUUCUAUGAAUCAGACCUGGCUGAGUGUGGCAUUGAUCUCAGAGCAGCCUCAGCGUACUCAGAAGUUUUCACACAUAUUUUUAAAGAGGAGAGAGGCUUGUUCCAAGACAUGUUCUGCUUCGUCCACCUGACUGUUCAGGAGUUCCUAGCUGCUGUUUAUGUCCGUAUGGCAUUUUUCAGCUUUGAUUUCAAUGUGCUGUCCGGGAAAAAAACACCAUCCCGGAGGUCGACAGUAUUUAGAAGCAAACGCAAUCUAAAACAUCUCUACCAGAAUGCUGUGGACAAGGCAUUGCAGAGUCCAAAUGGACACCUGGACAUGUUCCUCCGCUUCUUCUUGGGUCUUUCCCUGCAGAGCAAUCAGACUCCAUUACAAGGUCUGAUCAAACAGACGGGCUCAAAUGUCCAUGAGAAAACAAUCCAGUACAUCAAGGAGAAGAUCAGUGAGAACCUUUCUCCGGAAAGAACCAUCAAUCUAUUUCACUGUCUGAAGGAGCUGCAGGAUCAUUCUCUAGUUGAGGAGAUCCAGCAGUACCUGAGAUCGGGGUAUCUCUCCACAGAUCAGCACUCUCCUACCCAGUGGUCAGCUCUGCUCUUCAUUUUACUGUCAUCAGGAAAAGCUCUGGACCUGUUUGAUCUGAAGAAAUACUCUGCUUCAGAGGAGGCUCUUCUGCGGCUGCUGCCAGUAAUCAAAGACUCCAAUAAAGCUCUGCUGAGUAGCUGCAACCUUUCAGAGAAAAGCUGUGAAGCUCUGUCCUCAGUCCUCAACUCUCAGUCCUCCACUCUGAGAGAGCUGGACCUCAGCAACAACGACCUGCAGGAUUCAGGAAUCACGCUGCUGUCUGUUGGACUGGAGAGUCCACACUGUAAACUGGAAGCUCUCAACUUGGCGGGCUGUCUUGUCACAGAGGAAGGCUGUGCUUCUUUAGCUUCAGCUCUGCACUCUAACCCCUCACACCUGAGAGAGCUGGAUCUGAGCUACAAUCAUCUGGGAAAUUCAGGAAUGACGCUGCUGUGUGCCAAGUUGGAAGAUCCAAACUGGAGACUGGAAAUGCUGAGGGUGGACCACGGCGGAGAACAGAGGUUAAUACCUGGCGUGAGAAAGUAUGCCUGUGAACUAACAAUGGACCUCAGAACUGCCCACAAACACCUCAUGGUGUCUGAGGACAGGAGAAAGGUGACUCUGGUACGAAAGCAGCAGCCACAUUCUGUGCACCCGGACACUUUCGUCAGGUAUCCUCAGCUGCUGUGUCGAAACAGUCUGACGGGUCGCUGCUACUGGGAGGUGGAGUGGACGGGAGUGGUCUUCAUCGCAGUGGCAUACCGAGGAACCAAACGGCGAGGGGAGAACAGCUGGUUCGGAGGGAACCAUCAGUCGUGGAGCCUGUCCUGCUCGGACGACGGCUACUCUGUCUGUCACAACAACAGAGAAACGGCUCUGCCUCUGUCCCCGUCCAUUGUGUCGCACAGAGUGUCUGUUUACGUGGACUGUCCCACUGGUACCGUGUCCUUCUACAGAGUCUCCACCCAGGCACUGAUCCACCUCUACACCUUCCACUCCACCUUCACUGAACCUGUCUUCCCUGGGUUCGGCUUGUGGUUCUGUCACACCGACUCCUCUGUGACUCUCUGCUCGGUUUCUUCUUCAGCAUAGACAAACAUUCAGUCAUGGACGGAUGUCUUUCACCUGAAUCCUCAUAUUUUUGUUUGUUUUUCAGCAUUACUUCCAAAAAUGACUGAUUGUCCUGAAACUUGGCGAAACACUCAGACCUGGUCUGGACUAGAAAAUAUUUGGAAAAAAUUGUAAUUUGUUGACAUGGUGAAGUUCAGUUUUGUUUUAUUUUCUUAAUUGUCUUUGUCAGGAGUGUUUUGAGUGCACAAAAAAAAAAGUGGAUCCAACAGCACUUUGAUCGACACACUGAAAUAUUUCAGAUUCUAAAUCUGACAUUUCUUAACCUCAAGAGUCACGUGACCACUGUAGUUCGCCUCUGAGCUCAUAUUGGGAAUUUCAAAAACUGAAAAUAAAAUUUUUUUGGUUUGUUGGUAUUGGAG